AUGGCCAGUCGAGUUACCAGUACGACGACUAGUCUGAGAGCGUCGAAUACUCUCUCGGUCAGACGUGCCUACUACUACAUGAAGGAUAUCGAGGGACAUUUCCAAGAGUCAGGAACUGAUGUCGAGUCUUGUAAAUCUGUCAACACAGCCAACCUCAGAGAAACAGUAGAGGAUAACUCGAUGUCGCCUGAGGCUGUAUCUUCCAGCACGGUAUCAGAUAUCCGACAAGCAACUAGCCGCUCGAUACAGCACCUUGGCGUCAACCAAACCGACUAUCUACUCUCACUCUCUACCAAAUGGAUCACUUCAGACAGUGCCCUGGCUCCUUCAUCAGCAAAACACUUCUUCCUGUCCUCUUCAUCCUCGUCCAUCACCAAAAUCUCAGUUUGA